GCGUCGUGGAAAGACGAUUUGAACAAUGACCGAGGUAGUCGCGAGACCUUAUAUUCAGUUCUAACCUGAUCCAGAGGGAUUUGAACCUCUACAAAAAUGUUGGAAAUCAUGAAACCAGUUGACUCUGUCCAGACACUCAAUAUGGCUGGAAACCAAAAUAAUUCUUCAGGCAACAUUUUCCUGACUGCAUCAAAUGUAUUAUCGGAAUCCAUGAAGCAUCCAGUGCCUUACAAAGAAGAGAAUGAAUUCAACUUAGGACGAGCGCUAGAUCUGAGAUGUGUGAGUGGUGCUGGAUUCACGGUGUGUGGAGAAUGCGAGAGCUGCUUGCUCACUCGGAAGAUAAGAGAAUUUCGAGAAUGGUUUGCUCGGUUUGGAGAUCACUCGAAGAAACGUUUUAUGCUAGGACUGUUGAGACGAAUGAGAAGCAUUGACCUCUUGAAACAUUUUGUCUCUUUACUUCAACCAACCCUCAAUAAAGAUUGUACUUAUUCGAGGUCCAGGACAAACCCAAGCUUGGACACAGAUUCUGCUACAGUAAGUUCAGAUCGCGCCAUGAGUGGUCAGAAAGUGGAGCAAGUGACCAUAAGUACGUGGGAGUGGUUCACUCAGUCCUCCUACUGGACCAAGGCAAACUUCUCCCUCAACAUUCUACAAAUGUGCGAAGCCCACUUACUUCACACACUUCAUACGCAAGCCCGCACUCUUUUAGCGUCAGAAAUGAAGGCUGCAGAUGCCAAUACAGAGGAUGACAUUUAUGAGGCAGCCUCUGUCCUGUCCACGGAGCACUCCCACCACUCAGAGGAUCAUCCAGAGCUAGAGCUCCUGUCCCAGUCCCGCUUGGAGUACUGCCCCAUUGCUGAGAACCCAUUCACCGGACAGCAGAUCCAACUUCCAAAAUCCCGCAGCACUUUUUCUGGUGACCAAAGUCUUGAUUCUGAGUCUAUCUCAGACACUGCCAGCAGCUCAGUGGAUCCAAUGAUCCUGGUUAUGCCCCAGUCAGCAAAAGCGUACGCAGGUGUGGCCCGCCAUAAGGAUUUCAUACGUUGUCUCCCUGUACACUUAGCAAAGAUGAUUCUAAGUAUGCUGGACAUGGCAACGUUGUUCAAUGCUCUGUGUGUGAGCCCCAACUGGAGGAAGCUAGUGGAGGAGGUCAGGGUAGAGUUUAGGGUCAACCAACAGCUGAAAGAAGAGGUCAUGCUGAUGCAGAGAGGUGCUAUGUAUCGAGUUCCUGUACCUGCGUGUGAUCACGGGCUCGGCCGACGGUCGACUGAGGGUGUGGAACAUGGUCACCGGCCAGUGUUGUCGCAUCAUGCGCGGAAACUCACGCAGUGACCCCAUCCUCUCCGUCAUCGCCAUAGGGGACAGGAUCACCGUGAAUACCCUGAACAACCUGCUGGUGAUGAACUUCGAGAAGGUCACUUGGGACUACAGUCUGGAGACGGACAAGGUCCCACCCCUGGUGCAGUACGGCUCUUACAGCGACGCCCCCGUCCGGCAACAGCCCUACUCCUACAUCCGGGCGCAGCGUAUGCGCUUGGCGGGCGCCAGCAACUACAAGAUCGUGCACCACGACGAACCGCCGGCAGAAGCCAACACAAAGCUGGUGCUGCCCCAGCACAAGUACCGCGCGCUACAACUCCCACACAGCGCCAAGACGCUCAGCCAGCGCUCGCUGGAGGCCGCAAAACGAGCGCAGAGUGCGAGCUCCCGCCCCGACAUCUGCCCGUGGUCGCCAGAUAUGAUGUCAAUGAAUGACUCACCGCGGCAGGAGGUCAAGUACAGCUCGGCAGACAUGCAAGCUUUCCUUGCGCGAAAGAGCUCGCAGCCUCUCCCCCCACAGCAGCAACAGCACUCUACUGGCAAGGGAAAGCAACCGCGGAUAAAGUCUGCUCCGUCCCAGUACAGCGUCACCAUCAAGGAGCAGCCGGAUGAGGAAGAGAGCGAGGUGAACAAAGAGCUCAUUCCUCUGGCACGUCGAAUCUCUUGGGCGUUUGAGAAGCCUCUGGUGGGCCGGGACAAAGACAUCACGCUGUCAGAGAUGAAGGCUCUGCUGCGCUCACAGAUGCGCAUGAAGGUGGAGAGCCAGGUGCCGCCCGACUUCAUCUAUCUGACCAUCAGUACCAUACAGAAGUCCAUGGCGAGAUCAGAGACCAAUUACAACACCAAGGCAAACAUGCAGGACCUGAAGCCGGCAGCCGUGACCUUGAGGAAGAGGCCCAACUCAUCACCCAGUCGCAUUGACCCUCGCACUAAGGUGCCCGUGGAGGAGCUGGCCAUGGACAUGUUCAACUCGGAAGACGGCACAGUGUCUGAGAUGUCUGACCACCGGUCUGUGAGGUCACUGAAGACCAAAGAGCAGCCCAAGACACCCUGCGUGCCAGAGAAGGAAUGCUUCAGCACACUGUGUGCGGUCACGCCUGUGAUUGGUCCCCCACGACAAAGUCUCCAUCCCCGUUCUGUCAAGAGCACCGUACCCCCGGGCCGCAUCAUCCGACCCAUCUCCGCGGGACCGCUGGGCACAGAGAGGCUGAAUGGACAGCUUAGUCUCUUCCCAUCCCGACCAGUCACUGCUCCAGUCAACGCAGCUGUCAAGCUGAGGCCAACCAGUGUAAAAUCCAUCCCAGCCAGCAUUGCACCCAGUCUACCAGGGGCAGGCACCUUCUCCCAGAAGCCCCGCCCACAAGCGCUGGUCAGCUCCGCCUACUCCGAGGCUAGUGCCACGCCUAUGCUCAUGUACUCGAAAGAGGUUAAGGACAAAGCCAGUGAGCUAAAGGAGCAGCGUAAGAGCCGCCAGCCACCCAUGGAGUUAGGAGCUGACGGUCGGCCACUGGGCCGGGUCAGUGCCUACAACCAACCCAUGCGGGAUCACGCCACAUUCGAACUGAGAACCCACCACCAGGAGGAAGAGCAUGCAGCACAGAUACAGCAAAGCUAUGUGGACCAGAAGAAGAAACAAGAACGAGAAAGUGAGAGGAAAAAGAAAGCUGCUUGGAUUGCUAUGGCGACAGGCAAAGCUAAGGAAGUUGUUAAGCAAGGAAAGUCUGGAAAAUGUGUUGAUUCUCAGCUGAUAGAGUGAAGGUGAGGGAAGAAGGAAAUAUGACAAUGGUGGAAUUGAGUGGUUUACUACAUUACUACAUUAUUUAAGUGUGAUAUAAUGAAUUUGAGGUUUACUUUAUGCACAGUCCAAGAUGUUGCUGGAAUGGUUCGGUCAAUGACCCAAUGUUGAAUGACUGAAUGGUGCUUGGAGCUGUCUGUGUCAACUUAAACUUCAAGAACCACACAUAGUCUUUUUGAAGGGAGUUUAAACUCAAUAGCUGAAUGGCUAAAAAGGGGUCCUUUUUUGUUUAGUAAAAAGAAGUGCAUCAAAACAAUACCGGCAAUUUACUGCAAAGGAAAAAAAACAAGAUAAACAGACAGAAACAAAAGAGGGAUUGUGGAGAAGCAAGACCUGCUUGUGGCCCGCUCCAACCACCUACACAAAUAGCCACCUGUAGUCACAUCUUUGCAUUUUAUAAAAGCAUCCCUAGAUUCUACAUUAUAGAAUCUAUACUGUUACUUGCCUAGUUAGUGAAAUCCAAUGUUGUGGUACAACACAAUUGUGGUACAGGAACUUCACAGGACUUACAUUAUAAUUAUGAUAUUGACUGAGAGAAUUGUUGCAUUCAUCUAAAUGUUAUGAUCUUUGUAAGUUCCAAGAAACUGCUAGUUUUAACAAAAUAAACUGUUCAAAACUUUUGUAAAAUAAUUUCCUGUCAUUACUGUCAAUUCAUUCUAUGCCCAUAUUGAUAUUGAUUACAUCCUUUCCCUGUAACUCCUCCUCUUUGUCAUGAUCAUCAAAAGCACUGUGUUACUGUGUACAGAAGCACAUUUCCAAAGUGUUUGAUGUCCAAAACUAUCAUAGGC